AUGUCUCUGUUUGCGCAGCUUUACGCGGCGAGAUGGUUGUUGGUAUCGGUCAUUUUGGCGGCCUACGCAGCGACGGCAUUCGUGCGAUACAAGCGGCUUCGAGCUUUUCCCGGGCCGCCCAGCACAGGAUGGUCCGAAGUAUUGCAUACGUUUGCGAUACUGUUUCGGCGUUCGCACCUUUGGUAUCAGGAGGUCGGCGAACGUUAUGGCGCGAUUGCCCGCGUCGGCCCUAACGAGCUGAUCACGUCGUCGCCGGAUCUACUGGCGCAUAUGAAUGCGGUGCGCUCACCAUACACUCGAUCAACAUGGUUCAAUGCUGCGACCCGUAUGGAGGUUGGCAAAGACCAUGUUUUCAGCCAAUUAGAUGAGGCGAAGCACACGAAGCGGCGCCAGCAGAUGGCUUCCGGAUACUCAGGCAAAGAGAACUUGUCUCUAGAACCAGAUAUCGACGAGCAUGUACAACAACUUCUAAAAUUAAUCAGGUCGAAGUAUCUUUCCACCGCCACGCGAUGCAAGCCCAUGGAUCUUGCAAGCAAAAUUCAGUACUUUACUCUCGAUGUCAUCAGCAAGAUCGGCUUCGGUAAAGCGUUUGGAGAUCUUGAAGCCGAUGCUGAUCUCGACAAUUAUAUCAGCUCUGGCAGAGUUGGGUUGACCAUUAUGACAUUCAUCGCCGGCCUUGGACUGACGCCUUAUUUCCAAUGGCCACCUAUCGCGCGCAUUCUCGGGCCUUCGGACAAGGACAAGAGUGGUUUUGGGAGGAUGAUGGCUGUAGCUCAGGAGCUCAUCGACUCACGUCUUGAGAAGCCAACAAACAGUCGCUCGGAUAUGCUUGCUUCAUUUAUACGCCACGGGUUGACACGGGACGAUCUUGUUACUGAGUCGCUGCUUCAGAUCCUAGCAGGGUCUGACACGACUGCUACUGCUAUACGCGCGACAAUGCUCUACCUAAUGACACAUCAUAGGGUAUACAGGAAGCUCCAGUCGGAAAUUGACGCUGCUGUUGCGUCAGGCCACGCUGCUACGUCUGAUAUCGUAUCUGACGAGACGAUGAAGAGCUUGCCAUAUCUACAAGCCGUAGUACGAGAAGGGCUCCGCAUCCAUCCACCCAUCACUGAUGUCGUUCCAAAGAAGGUUCCUAGUGGAGGCGACACAGUAACCAUCAACGGCAAAGAGCAUUUCUUUCCUGGGGGCACGAAUAUCGGGUACAACGUACUGGGUUUAAACCGAAACAAGGAAAUGUUUGGUGAAGAUGCAGACUGCUUCAGACCAGAACGCUGGCUGCUUGAUGAACAUGACGAAAUCUACCAUGAACACUUGAAUGCUAUGAAUCGCACUACAGACAUGAUUUUUGGUUAUGGCAAGUAUCAGUGUCUCGGAAAGCCCAUAGCAUGGCUGGAGAUGAGGAAGGUUAUCUUUGAGUUCCUACGGCAUUUCGAAUGGUCUCUUGCAAGCCCUGAGAAGCCAUGGAGAUCUGUGAACUACAGUGGUAUCUUCUUACAGGAUUCCCAAUGGGUCCUUAUCACCGAAAGAGAACCUAAGUCGGAAUGA